UGGUGAUGGUGGUGAUGAUGAUGGUGAUGAUGAUGAUGUGAUGGUCCGCGCGCGCAGCUCCGCACUCUGGAGAAGAAACGGCGCGGUGUUUUCGGUUGGUCUCUGUGUGUGUGAGGUUUUUUUUUGUUGUUGUUUAUUUGUUUGUUUGUCUAAACAGCGAGUUUAGACAGAAGUGAAGAAGCAAAAACAAACAGAAAAGAACGGAGGAAAGAGAAGGAGGGAGAGGCGGAGUGGGAGCGGACUCAACCCGGGAUUAGAGGGACCAUGUAAGCGGACGGAGAGGAUGGAUGUCCAGAUGGAGCUCGCGCUCUUGCCGCGCUGCUUCCUGCUCCUCGCGCUCUUCUCCCUCCGCGCGAGCGCCGCGCACACAGUGUGUGAGGGCACCGAUAACAAGCUCAGCACCCUGUCAGAUCUGGACCAGCAGUACUAUACCCUGCGCAAGUUCUACGAGAACUGUGAGGUGGUGAUGGGAAACCUGGAGAUCACCAGCAUCAAGCGGAACCACAACCUGAACUUUCUCAAGUCGAUCCGCGAGGUGACGGGUUACGUCCUGGUGGCUCUGAACCAUUUCGACUAUCUGCCUCUGGAGAACCUGCGCAUCAUCCGCGGUGCUAAACUGUACGAAGGCCGUUACGCUCUGGCCAUCUUCCUCAACUACAGGAGAGACGGAUACUUCGGUCUGCGCCAACUCGGCCUCAACAACCUCACCGAGAUCCUGAACGGUGGCGUGUAUGUGGAUCAGAACAACUUCCUGUGCCACAUGGACACCAUACACUGGCAGGACAUCAUGAGGAACCCUCGCGCUGAGCUUCUGGUGGUGCCGUCCAACAACAGCAGCAAUUCAUGUAGACGCUGCCAUCGAAACUGUAACGGACGAUGUUGGGGUCCUCAUGAUGAUCAGUGCCAAAUCCUAACGAAGACGGUGUGUGCUGAUCAGUGCGACAGUCGCUGUUUCAGUCCCUACGUCAGUGACUGCUGUCACCGCGAGUGCGCUGGAGGCUGUUCCGGACCCAAACACACCGACUGCUUCGCCUGUACCAACUUUAAUGACAGCGGCGCUUGUGUGACGCAGUGUCCCCAACCCUUCAUCUACAACUCCACGAGUUUCCAACUGGAGCACAAUCCCAAUGCCAAAUACACGUACGGAGUGUUCUGCGUCAAGAAAUGUCCAUAUAACUUUGUGGUGGAUCACAGCUCCUGUGUUCGAGCCUGUCCGAGUAACAAGAUGGAGGUGGAGCAGAACCACGUCAGGAUGUGUGUCCCCUGUACUGACAUCUGCCCUAAAGUGUGUGAUGGAAUAGGGACGGGCGGUUUACACACGGCUCAGACCGUCGACUCCAGCAACAUCGACAAGUUCAUCAACUGCACCAAAAUCAACGGCAACCUGAUUUUCCUCAUCACUGGUAUUAAAGGAGACAUGUACCAUGGUACCGCAGCUCUGGACCCUGAACGCCUGAAUGUCUUCCGCACUGUCCGAGAGAUCACAGGAUACUUGAAUAUCCAGUCAUGGCCAGAGAACAUGACAGAUUUCAGCGUCUUUUCUAACCUUGCUACUAUCGGGGGAAGAACGCUCUAUAGUGGUAUCUCUCUGUUGAUCCUGAAGCAGCUCUGGAUCACGUCCCUGAGCUUCCAGUCUCUGCAGGAGAUCAGCGCCGGGAACGUGUACAUCAGCAACAACAGCCAACUGUGUUUCUACCACACACUGAACUGGACGAGGUUUUUCCGCUCCGGCAGUCAGCGAGCGCUGCUGAACAGCAACAAGGAGACGCAGCAGUGCAGUGAGUCGAGCCGACGUGUGUGUGAUAAGCUGUGUUCAGAAGCAGGAUGUUGGGGUCCCGGUCCGGACCAGUGUGUGUCCUGUAGAUACUACAGUCGAGGGAGGACGUGCGUGAAGUCCUGCAACCUCUACCACGGAGAUGUUCGGGAGUUCAUCAACGGGUCAACGUGCGUGGAAUGCGACCGGCAGUGUGAGAAAGCCGGAGAUAAAACGCUGACGUGCCACGGACCAGGUCCGGAUCACUGUAUGAAGUGUGUUCAUCUUAAAGACGGACCAAACUGUGUGGAGAAAUGUCCUAACGGCCUGCAGGGAGCCGACAGCUUCAUUUUCAAAUACGCCGAAGCCAACAGUGAGUGCCAACCCUGCCACCCCAACUGCACCCAGGGCUGCACUGGAUCCCACAUCCAGGACUGCGUUGGAUUGCUGGACAGUACCCCACUGAUUGUAGCUGCAAUGAUAGUCGGACUGUUUGUGGUUGUCGUCAUUGCCCUCGGUUUGGCCAUUUUUGUCAGACGCAGCAGAAUCAAGAAGAAGAGAGCUCUGCGUCGCUUCCUAGACACCGAGCUCCUGGAGCCUCUUACAGCCAGUGGAACUGCACUGAAUCAGGCUCAGCUGCGCUUACUCAAGGAAACUGAACUCAAGAAGGUUAAAAUCCUUGGAUCUGGAAACUUUGGGACUGUCUACAAGGGCAUCUGGAACCCUGAAGGUGAGAGCGUGAAACUCCCAGUGGCCGUAAAAGUCCUCAGUGAAACUACAGGACCGAAAGCAAACGCCAAGUUUAUGGACAUGGUACUAUUGAUGUCCAGUAUGGAUCACCCCCAUGUGGUGAGAUUGCUCGGGGUGUGUAUGAGUCCCACCGUGCAGCUAGUGACCCAGCUCAUGCCCCAUGGCUGCCUGUUGGACUACGUUCACGAGCACGAGGACAAAAUCGGCUCUCAGCUGCUGCUUAACUGGUGUAUGCAAAUUGCCAAGGGUAUGAUGUACUUGGAGGAGAGGAGGUUGGUCCACAGAGACCUGGCUGCUCGUAAUAUUUUGGUGAAAUCUUCAAACCACAUCAAGAUUACUGACUUUGGGCUUGCUCACCUUCUGGAUGCUGAUGAGAAGCCUAGUAAUGCAGAUGGAAACAAGAUGUCCAUCAAGUGGAUGGCACUGGAGUGCAUUCAGUAUAGAAAAUUUACACACCAGAGUGAUGUCUGGAGCUAUGGAGUGACGAUAUGGGAGCUGAUUACAUUUGGAGGAAAGCCAUAUGAUGGGAUUCCUGCUAGUGAGAUCCCUGAUAUCCUGGAGAAAGGAGAACGUCUGCCUCAACCCCCUAUAUGUACCAUAGACGUCUACAUUGUCAUGGUUAAAUGCUGGAUGAUCGAUGCUGACAGUCGGCCCAGGUUUAAAGAGCUCGCCGCAGAAUUCUGCAGGAUGGCGAGAGACCCUCAGAGAUAUCUCGUCAUCCAGGGGGAUGACUGCAUGAAGCUGCCGAGUCCCAACCACAGUAAAUUCUUCCAAAAUCUUCUAGAAGAAGACGACUGGGGAGAACUUUUAGAUGCUGAGGAAUUUUUGGAUCUUCACGCAUGUCCUUCGAGAACACAAAACCAUUUUCGGAAUCAUGAAGGACCUCGUAGCCCAAAGGAAUCAGCAGGGGGACGUUCCCAGGUAUCAUUCGGCCCAACUGGAACCCAGCAGGCGGCUCUCAGCUCACAGGACGGUGACAAAAAAGUGAAGAAGCAGCCCAGUGCUGGAUUUGUGGAGGGCAGCGGCAGCCAGGGCUACAGUGCAGAUCCUAUGAACUUCCUGCCGGAGAGAACACAGCGGGGGAAAGCUGAUGAGGAUGGAUAUGUGGCGCUCAGAAAGGACAACAGCUCAUCAGAUCAUCGGAACGCUGUUGAAGAGAACCCUUUUGUUACACUAAGAAAAACUUUGGAAAUUCAGGCACUGGACAACCCGGCAUACCACGGCACAUUUGAUGGACCGCCUAAGGUUGAUGAGAAGUACAAUAACGAACCUGUUUAUCUCAAUACUUUCCACAACAAAGGCAAUAUAAACAAAGCGAUUCUGAAGAAAAAUGAAGUUUCUGCGCCAUUACAAUUCACAACAGCAGCCAGCACGACUAUCAGCCACGUACCACUAACUGCACAGGCAAAAGAAGGACGAUCCCAUUACAACAGCCAAGGAGCACAUGUUCAUUUCUCAAUUCCACCAAUACAUCAUCCUCAAAGUGAACCAAUGAGCCACAAUGUCCAUCAUACACAUUCUGCCCAUGGUUUCCAUGUAAAUACCAGCAAAUCUGUAUCCUCAAAUCAGACUUGCCUUGUAAACCACCAAGCCCAGCCUGGUCCUGUAGAUCCACUCGUGCUUAUGGCAAAGCCCGUAGCUGCUGGUAAAAGUGGGCUCUCAGGCCAUCCGUUCCACUCAGGCAGCAUUACCCAACAAGUUCAUCCUGGAAUGAUCCUGGUUGACAAGAAGUACUGGAAGACCUUUGACAACCCAGAGUACUGGCAACAUAGUCUUCCACUCAAAUCGUCCCAAGGGAACCUUCAUAGCUCCUCCCAGAGCUGCCAUUCAAGCCUCUACAGACAAAGUCUCAGCAAGCAGAACGGCUGUGUCCGGUCCAGUGUUACCAAGAACCUAGAUUAUACUCCAGAGUCUGAAGCCAUGAGGCCAGGAACAAGUUUGCCUCCUCCACCAUACCGCCAGAGAAACACUGUAGUGUAAUAUCAUAAUCAUCUAUGUUCUCCAGAGCCUGAUUCCAUGACCAGCAGGCCAUUUUUUCCCACACAUUUCUGAAUGAUACUGUUCCUGAUUUCUAAACCUUUCCCAGUGUCAGUGGGAAUACCAGUUCAGUUAGGUAUCAUUCCAAGAAUACUGCCUUCCUUACAGCCAUUCUAUAUAAGUAAGUGUUUAGCAGUCCUGACUAGGUUAACGAUUCUUCAUUUGUGAUGUUAAUUAUGACACGGUCCAGCUAUGAAAAAGGCAAACAUAGACCUUUGAAACCGGACAUCCUUUGCCAAGAAAGAUACUGUAUUAUUUUUUUUAAGGUUGCAAACACCAUUGGCAAAACUAGCAUGUUUAAGAGCAAACCUGGAUAUUAGCCCAAUGUGAUAAUUUUUCAUUUACUCUCUGUGAGAGUGUGUCCAAAGUGCCAUAUUGACUGAUUUAUGGAUGGUAUGUCCCCCCCUGUCCUCCCCCAUAUUUAAUGCUCUUCUUGCAUGUUAUGCUACAUUUGCUGUUACGCUUGUCAAAUUCUUUGUGGGUUGCUAGAUUUUAUUCUGAGCAAACCAGGACAUCUUUCAGACAUGGAGUGGAUGCCUAUUGCCCUUGAGGGGGUAAAAAAUACAGGCAUUGCAGAGCUACUGGAAGACAUGGAUCAAUAUGGUUGUGUUUGAUAAUGUAUUAACUUAACAUUUUUAAGUCUUCUUUUACACCUCUAUAAAUACAUACACACACGAUAUUUAAUUAGCCUUGGUGUUUUUCUUCUGUCUGUUUUCCUUCUGCUCAUAUAA